GCUGAAAAACUAGGGUUUUGGUUUUCUGGAGACCCAGCCCUUGGGAAUCUGAUUAUAAUUUCUAUUUUCUUAUAUUCUUAUUGGAAACCAUUUUCUCUACUGGAAUCACUAUUUGAAGACUUCCUAGCGGUGAAGAUAGGGAGAAAAAAUUGAAAAUAAAGCUUGUUGAACAGUUUUGGGACCCACUGUAUAUUUUCCUAUAUCUUUGUAUUUAUUAUUUUUUUUUCUAUGAAUUAUUUCAUAGGUAUUAGUAGUUGUAAAAAUUUACAAGAUUUAAAUUUAAGUGAAUGUUCAGCAGUUAAUGAUGAAGCAAUUAAAAUAAUAACAGCUGGUUGUCAUAUAUUGCUUUAUUUAAAUUUAGCUCAUACUGAAGUGACAGAUCAAUCAUUUCGUAGUCUUGCACGUCAUUGUCAUUUUCUACAAUUUCUUAGUGUUGCUUAUUCACGUCAAUUUUCUGAUCGAGCUUUUCUUCAUAUAACAAAUGGACGUGGAUGUCGAAAAUUAGCUCAUUUAGAUGUUAGUGGAUGUACACAAUUAACAUCAAUUGGAUUUGAUGCGAUAGCUGAAGCUUUUCGUGAUCUUGAAAAUUUAGUGAUGGAUGAUAUGAGUAAUUUAUCAGAUAAACAUAUGAAUAAUUUAUGUAAGAGAUUAAAUAAUUUAAAACAAAUAUCUAUGUGGUCAUCAGCUCGUCAACUUUCAGGAUUUGCAUUUAAACAAAUGAGUUUAUUAACACAAUUAACUAUUAUUAAAUUUGAUGCAAAUAAAAUGAUUACUGAUGAUGUAAGAAGAUUCUUUUUUUCUUGAGUUAAUUCGAAGACAUUUAUUUUAAUCAGUAAAAAAUCAGCAUCUACUAAAAUUACUUCAUUUUUUUCUGAUUAGAACAUUUUUUCCAACAGAUUUUGCAUACGAUUGAAAUCUGAUAGGAAGAUAUUUAGUAUCAAAUUGAUCUAUACAUCUAUUUUUUUGCGAGUAUAGAAAUUAUGUAAUAUUGUGAUAGUAUCAGUUUGUAGAGAAAAAAAAAAUACCCUUCUCAAUCAAUAGAUCAUAGAGACGAUUGUACAAAAGUUUUUAGAAUGAUUAAAAUUUGAAAAGAAUUCUAUACAAAAAUUUUGUACAAGUUUGAUAGAGAUCAUCAUUUUUCGGGUUACGGCCACUUGCCUGCAGAACAGUUGCCCGCCGGACAGAUACCCGCAAGACACUUGCCCGUGUGAUACGUGCCCGCAAUGGACAAUGUUGAGGGUGAGGAUGCGGGCAAGCAUCAU